AGUAACUCUCUGUAGAAUAUAUCACUAAAUGAAAGGUUCAUUAUAAAAAUAUAAUAUAAUUGAUAAGAGUAGUCUCGAAGCAGUGCAAGUCUUAAUUUCGUUUCUACAUGAUUUUAUUGUAAGAAUUAAAACCAAUUUAUUUAGUGAUAAUUUGUUUGUAAACAAAAGAAAAUAUAAACAACACUUCUAUCCCGCAGCAAGAUUUUUACGUCCUUGAUACUCGUGUGUAUAUUUACGCGCGGUAUUGACACUGCUCUUGCGUUAUCUUAGAGAAGUCGGUGAUUGCCAGAGAUCCUCGUAGAUAACUUACGAUUAAAAACGUGUAUAAUUUUUCAUUAUCUUCAACGAUGGUUUUAAACGUGAAGUCUGUUUUAGUCACUGGUAGUAGUCGUGGAAUAGGUCUUGAAUUCGUGAAGCAACUUUUAAGGUUACCCACGCCCCCUCGCUAUGUAUUUGCAACUUGUCGUAAUCCAGAAAAAGCCGAGGAUUUGCAGUCAUUGAAAAAGGAUAAUUCAAACCUACGUAUUGUUCCUUUAGAUAUCUGUGAUGAAACUUCUAUAAUAAAAGCUAAAGAAGCAGUUGAAAAUGAAGUAGAAGACAAUGGGUUAAACUUAUUGAUUAACAAUGCUGGUUUGAAAUUGAGUAUUACUUUUGAAAAACUCAACUUUGAUUCUAUGAUGGAAGCCUUCAAAACCAAUGCUGUUGCUCCAAGUGUUUUGACUAGGAUAUUUUUCCCUUUACUGAAGGUAGCAGCUGCAAAGGAGAACCCUUCUUCAAAUUUGUCUUGUAAUCGUGCUGCAGUUGUGAAUAUCAGUAGCAUAUUAGGGUCUGUUACUGCUACUCGAAAUAGCACAUUUUUCUAUGAAUAUUCUUCUUCAAAGGCUGCUUUAAAUAUGAUUACCAAGGAUUUUGGGAUUCACUUAAAACCUCACAAUGUGCUUGCUGUGGCUCUUCACCCAGGAUGGGUACAAACUGAUAUGGGAGGUAAAAAUGCUAAUUUGACUCCAGAAUCAAGCGUGAAACAAUCACUGAAUACUCUGUCAACGUUAAAUGAAAGCAAUGCUGGUUUUCUUAUUGACUACCAAGGAUCUGUCAUUCCUUAGUAAGGUUUGAAUAAAAUUGUACAGAAUAGGAGAGGGCAAUAAUUUUCAUUAAAGGGUUAGAUUGGCAUGUUUGGAAAAUCUAAUCUUAUGUAGCCGAAUUUUAUAAAAUAGUUUUGGUUUUGGCAGGUAUUAUCAAUUUCAACUUUUUUAUAAUCAUGUAAUUGUUAAUAGUAAUUCUGAUUAAUAAACUUUAGAAAAUAUUUUCUCACAUUCGACGUGACAUAUAUGUUGGACCAAACAGACACUAUGUUAGAAUGUUUUUUGGGUCCAGAUUAUGUAAAAUUGUAGCUAUGGAUUCAACCAAUUUUUUAAUAUGUUUUUAUAAAAUUUAAUAAUUUUCUCUCAUUCUAAUAUGACAAUGAUGUGUUCAAUAUGAAUUAGAAUUCUAAUAAAAUGUGUUACAUGUAACAGAUGCAGAAUUAGAUUAAAAUAGCAAUUUGUUUA